AAUCAUCAGUCACAUGUCUGGAUGAGCUGGACUAUGCUUUCAAUUGUAACAUUUUGUCAACUGAGGAAGUACUUCCACUCUGUGAAGUACUUAAAAUGAAGACUCCAUACGAAAGAGUGACAGUGAAGGCAAAGGUGAUUCAACUGCAAAGCCAUGGACACAAUGUUGUUCACGACAGCACGUUUCUCCAAAACACAUACUACACAAUUGCGGAUGAAACGGCAGCAAUCGAUUUGACCGUAUGGGGUGACAGCAAAGUUACAACUGACUGCUGGUACGAGAUCUCAAAUGUUUCCAUACGCACCUUCAAAGAUAAACUGCUUUUAACUACAACCAAAGACACAAACUCCACUAUACUGAGCUGCCGAAAUCCCAUUCAUCCUGUGAAGAACACCACCACCCAAACUGUCACAGCAGACAUAAUUGGAGCAACAGUACACCUAAUUCAUAUCUGUCCAUGGCAACACAAGAUCACCAACAUGCCCUUGUCCGCUUCAAGAGUGAAUUGCCAAAAAUGUGAGACGUUCUACAAGUCCUCUUCAGUCACCACAUGCACGCAUGGAACUAUCACCGUCAAAACCACCAAAGGGGUUCAGACCCUGAACAUCGAGAACCAUAGCAUCGAGUCCAUUGUAAACAUCACACACAACUCCACUACAGACCACAUUAUAGACACUAUACUUGCACUGCCCCCUGUCAACAUAUCCAUAUACAAAAACAACAUAAACAUAUCACUCCAACAAGACACCCAUUCCAUACAGACACCGAAAAUCACAAUCACACGACCUAUGGACUCGUCUCAAAGCCUCUAUGCAACCGAUCUAGAGAACCGAAUGGCUGACGACUUCCUCACUUCCACCCCAUCUACAUCAACAGCAACCACUUCAGCUUCAUCAGCCAUCAUACCACCCACAGAAUUACCAACAGUAUUAAGAACUAAAACCAGAACCAGUUCCAACCAGGAAAAAUCACCCCAAUGAAGGAGAUUAGCCCACUUAAAUACUCAAACAUCUGCUGUGAGCUUCUGGGAGGUGGUGUGCCUCGCUCCUGCUAUUUUUUUCUAUUU